AUUUAGAUCCAGACCUAUUAAAAAAAGACCCGACCCAAAAGCACCUCCUUUCUCCUCUCCCUCGGCAAGAACAUCAAGAAACCAUCAAUGGCUGCGCUACACCAAACAGUGGUGUUAGCCAAGACUCCUCUCCAGUGGGCCCCCAAACUAACCCACAACACCUCUCUCCUUUUCUUACUCAACUCCAGAACAAACAGACAUCAUCAGUUCCCGCGCAAAACCUUAACAUGUUCCAACCAAUACAGCAGCAACAGUGGGAGUACUAGUAGCCACGACAACAUUAAUAACGGACAGUACUAUGAGUACGAGAGACACGCGGCGCAGACGACACAGUUCUCGAGGCCAACAGAGAUAGAGUGGAGGAAGGAGUUGUGUAAUAGUGUGCAGCUGAUUGGGAAUGUGGGGACACCUGUUCAGAUUAAGAAUCUUAGUUCUGGGAAAGUGGUUGCUUGGUCUAGACUUGCUGUUAGAAAAUCUCCUACGGAUACUGCUUGGAUUAAUUUAACAUUUUGGGAUGAGCUGGCUCAAAUUGCCUAUCAGCACGUAGAAAAAGGUCAGCAGAUAUAUGUUUCUGGUCGUCUGGUGUCUGAUACUGUUGAAGGCGAUGAUGGAAAGCAGCAGACCUACUAUAAGGUAGUUGUUUCACAACUGAAUUUUAUUGAGAGAAGCGCCUCGCCUGUGGCAUUGUAUGAUGGGGACUCAAAUUCAGCAGGUAAAAGACCCAAAAACUAUGCUGCAUCCAACACGGGAUCAGUUGAGGAACUAUGGCAAGCCUUCUUUGUCAAUCCAGCUGAAUGGUGGGAUAAUAGAAAGAAUAAGAGAAGUCCUAACUAUCCAGAUUUUAAGCACAAAGAUACUGGAGAGGCUUUAUGGGUCGAAGGCAGGAAUAACCCACCGUGGGUGAAAUCUCAACUCUCAAUCUUGGAUACAAGGAUGGAAUCGUUUCCUGAAAGAAACACUGGUGUCUCAAACUUUAUAGUUGGUGACGAUUUCUCACCUUUCUAAACUCUCCUUACAUCUCUUCCGUAAAUUAGAUUUUUUAGAAAGAUAUAUUUGUAAUGUAUAUUCUAUUCGUGUAGAACUUUUGGAGUGUUAGUAUCCUUUCUAUUUUCUA